AAUUUUUUGAUAAAGACUAGACUUCCCAUGAGAUUAGUUGGGGUAAUAUUUUAUCUUGAAGCACUAUUAAUAGGGAAAUAUAGAUAUUUUAAUUCUUUUUUCUUUUUCUGUUCUUUUUCAGGUGAACAGUGUGAAAGAGCUAGACGCCUUCAAGCUAAAAUGAUGACUAAUUUGGUUAUGGCCAAGGACCGUUUACAACUUCUAGAGAAGCUGCAACCAGUUUUGCAAUUUUCCAAGUCACAAACAGACGUCUAUAAUGACAGUACUAACUUGACAUGCCGCAACGGACAUCUCCAGUCAGAAAGUGGAGCAGUUCCAAAAAGAAAAGAUCCCUUAACACACACUAGUAAUUCACUGCCUCGUUCAAAGACAGUUAUGAAAACUGGAUCCACAGGUCUUUCAGGCCAUCACAGAGCACCGAGUUGCAGUGGUUUAUCCAUGGUUUCUGGAGUGAGACAGGGACCUGGUCCUGCAACUGCCACUCAUAAGAGUACACCAAAAACAAAUCGAACGAAUAAACCUUCUACCCCUACAACUGCUGCUCGUAAAAAGAAAGACUUGAAGAAUUUUAGGAACGUGGACAGCAACCUUGCUAACCUUAUAAUGAAUGAAAUUGUGGACAAUGGAACAGCUGUUAAAUUUGAUGAUAUAGCUGGUCAAGAGUUGGCAAAACAAGCAUUGCAAGAAAUUGUCAUUCUUCCUUCUCUGAGACCUGAGUUGUUCACAGGGCUUAGAGCUCCUGCCAGAGGAUUAUUACUCUUUGGCCCACCUGGAAAUGGGAAAACAAUGCUGGCUAAAGCAGUAGCUGCAGAAUCUAAUGCAACCUUCUUUAAUAUAAGUGCUGCAAGUUUAACUUCAAAAUAUGUGGGAGAAGGAGAGAAGUUGGUGAGAGCUCUUUUUGCUGUGGCUCGAGAGCUUCAACCUUCUAUAAUUUUUAUAGAUGAAGUUGAUAGCCUAUUGUGUGAAAGAAGAGAAGGAGAACACGAUGCUAGCAGACGUCUAAAAACGGAAUUUCUAAUAGAAUUUGAUGGUGUGCAGUCUGCUGGGGAUGACCGAGUGCUUGUAAUGGGUGCAACUAACAGGCCACAAGAGCUUGAUGAGGCUGUUCUCAGGCGUUUCAUCAAACGGGUAUAUGUGUCUUUGCCAAAUGAGGAGACACGACUGCUUUUACUUAAAAAUCUAUUAUGUAAACAGGGAAGCCCAUUGACCCAAAAAGAACUAGCACAGCUUGCUAGAAUGACUGAUGGAUACUCAGGAAGUGAUCUAACAGCUUUGGCAAAAGAUGCAGCUCUGGGUCCUAUUCGAGAACUGAAACCAGAACAAGUGAAGAAUAUGUCUGCCAGUGAGAUGAGAAAUAUUCGAUUAUCUGACUUCACUGAAUCCUUGAAAAAGAUAAAGCGCAGCGUGGGCCCUCAAACCUUAGAAGCAUAUGUACGUUGGAACAAGGACUUUGGAGAUACCACUGUUUAAGCAAAUACCUUUGUAAGCCUGCAGAACAUUUUCAUACCAAGAGAGAAACACACCAUCUUCAGUGAAUAGUUAUCAGCUACAGACACUCAGCCUAAGUUUACAGGACUUUUCAGAGUCUUAAAAUUAUUUGAGCAUCCCAGAAGAUGAACCAUAAAACAAAUUAAAAUAAAAUAUACAACACAAAUGGAAUAUUUUAUUCAAGGCCUUCUUGCCUUGAUGGUCAUGGUUAUCCUGAUGGGCACUGUAAGUUAGAGCACAAUAAAAACUGGUUCCAGCCUUCUUUACCAAUAUAAUCAGAUGUAAAUAAUAAUUUGUAUAUUGUGUUGCAGAUGAAAGUAUUCAGAGACAGUAAAUGGUAAAAAGAUACAACAGCCGUUGGUUGUCUUCUGACGUCUUUUUUAAAAUAGAAAUUUUACCUAUUUUCCUCUCCUACUGUUGUCUUUACUAUGGGUGAUUGGAAUGCCAAACAUUAAGUUUCCUUUUCUUUCUACAAAUUGUGUGCCAAAUGAAACUUUUUUCUGUGUAACAGUAAUAGGAAAAAGGAUUUUGAAGGCUUUUCCUCCAUAAAUCUACAGACAUUAAACAAUUGUAUUCUUUUCACUUUUUAUUUUCCUAGUAUGUUUCCUACCAAACAAUUUAGAAAGUAACAAAACAAGUCUAGUAAAAGAGAAAUUCGGAAGUUUUUGAGUCACUCUGUCAUACAACAUGUAGAUCAAUCUUUGUGUGACCACAGUAUUUUUUUCUAAUACAUUUGUUAGAAAUCUGUUGUAGACUGUUAACUUAUUCCUAAUGGAAUUUAUCUUUUGCUAGAAUUACUCUAAUAUUUAAGAAAGUCAAUUUUAACAGCUGUAAAAGUGGUUCCUGUGUGAGAAAAGGGAAGUACUGGGAGCUAAGACAUUUCUAAUUUAUUGCUUAUUACUUUCUUACUGUUUACAGGAUAAGGAUAAGCCAGUGGAUCUACCAUCUUUUAGUCUUAGUAAUUAUUAAUCCCUUCAAUGAAACUUUAAAAAGUUACUGAAUUUUUAUAAAUUGCAUAAUUUUAUAGGUUUCUUGUGCUCACUUUGUUAACAAACAAGUUGUAGUCUGUUAAUCUGCCUUUUGUUCCUCCAAAAUGUACAGUAAUUCUGUUUCUUGUUUGUAUAAGUAUGCCUGAUUUUUUGUUAUAAAAAUGUCAUUGUAGGAAGUAGAGAUUCGUAUUACAGCCUUUUAAAUGUUGUAAUAAAGGCAAAUGGAUAUUUGCCCUUAGUUUACUGGUUAAAAGUUUGUUUACAGAAAUUUUAUUUGGUGCUUUUAUGUAAAAUGUCAUGGGUGAAAAGAAUAGUUUUACAGUAGGAACAAAGAUUUUUUCAUUUAGGAAAAAUAUCUUUGGUUUUGAGAGAACACAUUAAAGUUAAAACCUUGCCCCUUGCUAGAUAAGAAUUUUAUGAUGAUAUACAUUAUUAUUAUUUUUGUUCUUUUACAUUCUUCAUUUUAAUCUUGCUCUUGUUAAAGGUUUAUCUAAAUAUAGAUGUAUGGUUUCUUAACAUCAUAUGGGGUUUGUAGACAUAAUUUAAAUCAACAUGUCUUCUAGUCAUGACUUUUGAACUCCCUGGAUAAUAAAAAUUAGGGUUGAGAUAAACAGAAAAAAAAUUGUAAGCCAGAACCAUGCAUCUUUUUAAGGUGUCAAACAUUAAAGCAUCCAUUAUAAAAUUGGUGAUCAAAGAUGAUGAAAUAUACAUGAUGACAAGAAUUGGAAACAUCCCAAAAUAAAACAUUUUCAACAAAACUCAAAAUUUCAUUUUGUAUUUUCAUUUGGAAAAGGAGGAUUAACAUUAUUGAAAUUUGGAUAACUGGUUAGUCAUAUUAAAGGUCUAUGUGCUUAAGCUCAACUUUUAAAAUAUCUUUAAAAUUAUAAUUUAUCAGCAAUAAUUUAAUGUAGGUCACUUUUAUUGGGAAAGCUUUUAAAUAAAAAUUUCAAAUGUUAAAAUAUGUAAAAGUCAGGUUACUAUUAUCAUAAACAUUGAGUCAGAUAUAUGAAUAUCCAUCUGUGUAUAGAAGUGGUUUUACUUUCCUGAUCAAGUCUGAAGUUGAGCCUAGUGCUAGAGAACUAUUUUCUGACUUACUAUGACCAAGUUUUAUUUUCAGCUGUGUUUCUUUCAUAGAAGGACCAUUAAAAUAGGAGAAUAAUAAUAGUAGGAUGUGUAAGAGGUUGGUUUGGUCUUUUUCAACAUAGAAGUUGCUGAGGUUUUUUGAAUUAAUAUUAGACGUAGAUUGUAACCUUUUAGAUUUUGCAUUGAGCUCUGUGUCAUAUUACUUCCUAAAAGGUAAUGCUUAAACGUUAAAUUUUAGUGUGCUCUUCAUGUUAAUAUGGCAGAGUUUUGUAAACUAAAUUAAAACUUAUUGAUGUACUGGACUCUAAGCCAAGGGAAAGAACCGAUACUAUCUUUCAAGAUAUCUUAAGUGUGAAAGCUUAUGCUAAGACAAUUUGCCCGUUGAGGUUAUCAGAUUCCUGACCUGCAAAUAUGCUUUGUGCUUGGAAAGAAUUGGAGGCAAAGCAGAUGCUAGAAUUCUAACAUGUAAAUAUACAGCAGUUUUUGUUUAUAGUGUAAAAUUCUUUAUAUUUUGUACAAAAAAUUCUUUUGGUAGAAUGAAUUACUCACAGUUUGUUUUUGGACUCUGAGUCCAAGGAUUUUCCUUUAAAUGCUUGUCUCAAUUUUAAUCUGGUCUUUUGUACUUUUCUUCACAAGAAAUGAAUUAAAAGGUUUGGCUGCACAAAGUGGUGUUUAUCCUAAUGGACUGGAAAUAAAUUACAAACUUUA